AUGUCAGACUAUUAUACCCCACCAUAUAAUUUCUACGACUUGGACCACCAGGAUCCCUACGACGUGCAGGAGCAUUCCAGGAUGGUUAACAUGGAGCCCAUAUCUUUCAUGGCCUUAAUGGAUGAUGCUCUCCGAGUCAAUCCUCUCCUGAAUUUGCAAGUACAUCCAGAGGGACCAACCAAGCAAAAUGUCCCUCCUUUCCCACCUGAGCGCAACCUCCAACCAGCGGGGCAACUGUACCCUGGGCCUGGUGCUGCUGUUCUGGAAGAUCCAGAUGACAUUUACUGGCCACCUACUCCGCCGCGGCCAGCAGCAGUGCAGCAUCACCAAACAUCGCUCGCGGCAAUAACCAAUGCUGCCCCUGCCUCACCAAUAAUACAGUCUGCCCCAGCUGCAGCGACUCCAACCACACCCAAGACAGGGAAACGCAAGGCAGCGGCGAAAGCAGGCGAUGACAUUGACAAACGACUGCGACACUCCGACGCUGAAAGUGUGGGCAAGGAGAACGAUGCCGAAACCCCAGGUCGAGGUCAACCAAGCAAGGGUGCUGGCGCACGCUCAAAGAAAAAGCCUACCACUACGAAAGGCACCAAACAAGCGUCGACCACCGACAAACCAGAAAGCAAAAAUGACAAGCCUACGAAGUCAGAUACGAAAGUUGUCAAGCCCGAAGAGUACUCUGACACUGUCAUGGCGGCGACUCGACUCUGGUCUGACGACGACCAGGAUGCCCUCUUCAAGUUUAUCCUUGGUCCAGAGUCAGAUGACAUCUUUGAGACGUUCAAGAAAAACCGUCCGUAUGUCUUCAAGAAGGCAUUCAAGCAACCCAAGAACCGCCAUUCUGAGGGCUCAAUUAAGUCCUUUUGGGAUCGUGCGCUCAAGACGUUUGCAUGGAUAGAACAGGUUGAAAAGUUCACUGGUGGUGGAGGAGAUGCCGACAUUGAUGACCUCGACGAAGACCAAAAGCUGAUCCACUAUACGGAGAAGCUUGAGGCAGUGCGAGGCGCACGGCAGGAGGUUGGUAGCCUCCAAGCAAAGACCAUUAUUAAAUGGCAGGAGAAAAAGUGGUAUGAUCUCUUUGUCUCUCGGUACCGCGGAAACCCAAAAAUUUCUCGUGAAGUCGAACGCCAUUCGGGCAUGGCUCUCUCUGACUCCAGUGACGAGGAGAAAGACCCUAAGGAUGAUGGUAAGGAGGAGAACAGCAAGGUCAGCGAGCCGAGGCACACCCCAGCCCGAGGCUUCCAUGUCGAUGCGUCGAAAUCACUUACACAGAUCUCGGAGUACCUGCAGUCGAAGGGAAUGGCUGACAAGCAGCGCCUUGGUGUUCUUGAACAGCGUAUUGAACUCGAUGACAAGAGGUUGGAGCUCGACCGUGAGCGUGAACUCCGGACGGCCCGUGAAGCUCAAGCUCGCCUCAAUGAGGAGGUGAAGAAGAAUCGCUUUGAGAUGGCAAGAUCUAUUGUCGGGAUGCAGACACUUGCCAAUAGUCAACUUGACCCACAGGUGGCUGAUGCAGCAAACAAAUUUCUUCUCAAACAGUUUGCAGACUAG